GGCCGGUGUGGCUGCAGUGUGUGCACUGGGCGCUGAGCCAGUGGGAGGAAAGUUGAAGGCAGGGGAGCAGCGUUCCCCUCAGUCAAUAUGUGCAGACUGCGUGUGGCUGGGGGUUGCUAGAGAGCCCGGGCGGCUGCGGAACCUCCACUAUUUCUUUCCGCUGCUGUCGGAGCCGCGUUGUCAUUAUUUGCUUGGAUAACAGGAGGGCAGCAGCGGGAAAAUGCCAGGCAGCGACACGGGCAUAGCAGUUGACAGGACCUACUCGGAUCCCGAGAGGCAGCGGAGGAGCAAGAUUAGGGUGGACAGAUCUGAAAUGAACACCCUCAGCUUGCCUCUCAACAUAAGACGUGGAGGAUCAGACACCAACCUUAACUUUGAUCUACCGGAUGGCAUUCUAGAUUUCCACAAAGUCAAACUCACUGCAGACAGCUUGAAGCAAAAAAUCCUCAAAGUCACCGAACAGAUAAAGAUUGAACAAACUGCACGUGAUGGCAAUGUGGCUGAGUAUUUAAAGCUGGUAAACAGUGCUGACAAGCAGCAGGCUGGACGUAUCAAACAGGUAUUUGAAAAAAAGAACCAGAAAUCUGCUCAUUCCAUAGCUCAGCUGCAGAAAAAACUAGAGCAGUAUCACAAAAAACUAAAGGAAAUUGAGCAGAACGGGUCUGCUAGUAAAAGCUCUAAGGACAUUUCUAAAGACCUCCAACAUUCUUUAAAAGAUGUGACGAACGGUAGCCGCCCUGCUGGCCAAGGAGAGACCAGUAAAAUGGGAGUGCCUGGUGUAUCACUGACACCACCAAUGUUCGUGUUCAACAAGUCGAGGGAGUUUGCAAAUCUGAUCCGUAACAAGUUUGGAAGUGCCGAUAACAUUGCUCAUCUAAAAAACACUCUAGAUGACUUUCACCCAGAAACCAAUUCCAGAAACUUGAGUGGGAGUGCAACGAUAGUCACCAAGCCAAAGUAUGCAAGUGACGAUGAAUGUUCCAGUGGGACCUCAGCUUCUGCAGACAGCAAUGGUAACCAGACAUUUGACACCGGAAGGACAAAUGCCAGUGAUAGCCAUGGCAAUCUCUCAGUUUUUCUGGAAGAGCUGAGAGAAAUUAAAGAUGCCCAGUCACAACUAGCUGAAGAUAUUGAGACUUUGAAAGUACAUUUCAAAAGAGACUAUAGUUUGAUUUCCCAAACAUUACAAGAAGAAAGAUACAGGUAUGAAAGGCUUGAAGACCAACUCAAUGAUUUAACAGACCUCCAUCAACAUGAGACAACCAAUCUGAAACAGGACUUGGCUAGCAUUGAAGAAAAGGUUGCUUAUCAGGCUUACGAACGUUCUCGGGAUAUUCAGGAAGCGCUGGAAUCCUGCCAGACACGAGUUUCUAAACUAGAGCUCCACCAGCAAGAACAGCUCGCUAUACAGUCGGAAACUGUGAAUGCCAAAGUACUCUUGGGCAAAUGUAUAAACAUACUUCUCGCCUUAAUCACUGUCAUACUGGUGUGUGUCUCCACUAUUGCAAAGUUUGUAGCUCCCAUGAUGAAAAGCCGCCUCCACAUAAUCUUUACCUUCUUUGCAGUGACUUUGCUUGCUGUUGUUUGCAAAAACUGGGACCAUAUAGUAUGUGCUGUUGAAAGGACCAUCAUGCCAAGAUGAACUCUGUACAUUCACCACUUUAAGUCACAAAUUGUUAUUUCUGUGUGUCAAUUUUUAGCAGUCAGGAAUUUUGCUGCCUGUUGGUUAGUAUACUUUUAUGCUUCAUUAUUUGUUGGCAUGCAGAUGCAGGGCCUACCAAAUUGCCUUAACAUAACUAAAAUCCAUUAUUUUCUGGAGUUUAAAAUCUUUUGUGGCUAAAGUUAUUUUUUAUUCUAAAAUUAGUCAGGUUUCAAAAAACAUUUUUAUCUGUAAAUUCUUGACUGUGUUCUUGAAACAAUUUAUGUUUAUAAUUUUAUGUCUCUGUUCAAAGAAAACAUCCUACAGCUAUAAAAGGAUAAAUCUGUAUGCCACUCGAACAAAAAACAGAAAAUCUUUAUAUUUCCAUUUUGAUGGACACUACUAAAAUGCUAGUUUAUUUGCAGCCCCUUGACCCACUCCAACUUUGAAAAGGUAAGCACAGAGCGGGUAAAGGGCGGUGACAUCAGGGCUGUUUUAGGCAGCAGUAGCCAUAGAAAUGGAACUGUUAUUUUGCCACUGUGCAGGAUAGGGCUGUAAACAUUUUCACAAGAUAUACAUGCUGUUUUCUGAUAUUACCUGGAAUUCAUUUUUAUUUUGCUUUCAUUACUUCCUAAUUUGGAGGAUAAUUUACAGCGACAAUAAUAAAACUGCUGCAAAGUAACCUUGGUGUGCUAAAAUAAAUGUCAUUCACAUACCAAAAAAAUAACCUUUUAAGUUAUAACAGUUUAUGGGAAACUUGACUUAAAUGUGUUUUAUUUCAAAUGUUUUUCCCCCUUUAUUUACACAAAAGUUAAGUAAAGGCAAUUAUUUAUUAUGGAAGUAAACCAAAAACCUCAUUCCUUUUAGAUUGAUGCCCCAUGGAGUGAGUUAGCAGAAAUCUAUUGUGGACAACUAACCAUUCCGAAAUUCCUUUCCACCGGCAAACAGGAUUUGCCGAUAGAAAGGCCUAUACAUCGCUUUCCAAAGUCACACAAAGUUGCCUGCAGGAGAAAACUGCACGACUUCAGAAAGCCAAAGCGAUGUAUACCACCGCCAACUCCUAUUGCUGCUGGUGGACAGGCAUUUCUUAGCUAUAGCAGAGAUCUGUCAUUUGCAACUAACUCGCUCCGUGGGGCAUCAGCCUUCAACCUGUCUCCCAAAAAUACUGACAUUCCACCACUGCAGUGUUCUGUAGACCAGCGCACUAUUGAGCCACUUUGUUCCUAUACUAUGCUUGUGAAUGCUCAUGACCAUAAACUCAUUCUGGAGAAAAUGCUGCAUAGGCAUUGAUACGUCAUGAUUAAUUUACCUAAGCUCAAACUGAUAUCUCUUGCCUGGUUUAAAUGUGCUAGGCUUUAGGCAUACACACUGAAUUUGAAUGCAAUCUAUUAUGCAGAAAUUGGUUAGCCAGAAAUCUCCACAUUAAAUAAACCUUCAUUUUCUCAAAUUUACUCUUUGUUAUAAUAGAAUAACAUCUUAUGCCUGAUGUUAAUUAAGCUGGUUUAAAUCCACACUGACACCACAAGAACUCCCCUCCUUUUUUAUUUUUUAGAUUUUUUUUAAUUGUUUUUACUAGACAUAUAUUAUGCAAAUACCCGUUAUCCAUAAAUCCCUAGGUCCUUAUAUACAUUUUUGAAAUGUGCCUUGGGGUAAUAGG